ACCGUCUAGGGACGUUGCUCAACACAGUUAGACUCUCGUGGUUAGUUGGGGUGAUUCGCGGGUGGCUAGGAAAUAAAUGGAUUUGAUGUGUAAAAUUAGGUAGCAUAUAAAAGGUGGAAUAACAAAAAUAUCACAGGAUGUCCACGCGGCGGCAGCGAAUAAAAGGCCUGGCCAAUUUGUCAUUGGUGAAGCGCAAGGCACGCAAACAGGAAACACCAGCGCAAGGUACUGAGACGCAAGAAAAACAAGAGAACGUUGCGGAUGCAGAAUUAGAAGAUGAGCAACAGCAAGAACUACAGUCCAAAUCUGCAGACGACAGGUGUAGUUUACCAGACGCUGCAGAGGAAGACACGGUGGCGUUUAAAAUGCCCGCAACUAGCUCUGGACACCUUGAUGAUGCCUUCCAAUCCGACCUGGAAGACAAUAUCAUACAAAUGGACUUACAGAAGAGUUGCAGUGGCUAUCCAAUGUCGCCUAGCAAGGCACAGGCGCGACAACGUGUUCGUCCCACACCAGUGUUCGGGCAAAGGCGCAACAGUUUUGUGGGUUCGCCACUAGCUGGUGAUUGCAGCGAUGGCAGCAGCUUUCCUGAUUAUCAAUCACCUGGCACGCCUACGCGACGUGAGCGCUAUUUGAGUGGGUCUUCCAUAACAGGCACCACUUCGCUGCAGCAAACAUCACAGGGAUCGCCCAUGCCGCAAUCCUCAUACAAAUAUUUUCCACCUGUGAUGAGUCCAGGCGUUGGACGCAUACGCACUGAGUCAAGUUGCUCUGUAUUAUCGGAUACAUGCUCGCCGGGUGGCGGUAAGCAGCGCAAGAUUGAUGGUGGGGACAAAUUGCAGCCACAGCAGCGCGUGAAUGCACGAAGAGACUUUGAGACGCGUUUCGUCAACGGCGUGCCCGACAAGACCACAUUUAAGAUGUUUGACAUGAUCUAUUACAACCCAGAAGCAAACCCCAUGGAACAAAAACCAACGGUGACAACCAUUAAGGCCGAAACGACAGCCACAUUAGAUGACGCUAAGCCAACAAAGCAACAGUUGCUUGUAGCCAAGACGGAAGCGGCUUUACCCGUACCUCAACUGAAGCUAGAUGCCAAUGGCGAAAUGAUCAUUGAUGAAAAGACGCUGGAGAUCGAGACGACGGCUGAGGUGGAAGCACGAAAAGUUCUGGCCAACUCGUCCCUAAUCCAAAUGGAUGAGACCACAGGGGACAAUGGAUUCUGGUUGCGACGCAAACGAACGCGCGGCUGGUCGGCCGAGGAAACGGUUCGCUUUUAUCGCAGUCUGCAGAUUAUUGGCACCGAUUUUUCACUAAUGUGUGAAAUGUUUCCCACACGAACCCGCCGUGAUCUCAAGCUUAAAUACAAGAAGGAAGAACGAGCCAAUGGGCAGUUAAUAAACAAGGCCCUUCUCUAUCCCAAAGCUUUCAACAUUCAGGAGCUAAAGGAUCAAUUGCAGAGGGAGGAUGAGGAGAAGGCUGAAGCAGAUAGAAAAUGGAAGGAAAUAGAAGCGGCCGAGGCGAAAGUAAAGGAAAAGAGUUCCAGAUCAAAUGUGAGCAAAGCCUCACGAACGCUAAGUGAUGGCGAUGCGAUUUACGAGAAUGAGCAUGUGACCAAGGCAAGGAUGUCCAAGCACGUCUGGGCGAAGCGACGCACAGCAUUAGCUUCCGAAGCAGUAAACGAUGAGAACACAAAAGGAGCAGGUAAACGAAGGCGUCGCCAACGCACCACAGCAGAGCAAAUUCCUCAGAAAUCGAGUGAACCCACUUUACCGCCGUUUGCUUCGAUUAAGCAGGAGUCCCGCGUAAAGACGGAACAAACAGUUUGUAGUGAUAAGGAGCCAGAAGCACCACCACCACAGCUCCUACAACAGGAGCUUAAUUCACUUUUAAGUGAUGAUGAAGAAGCUACGGCCGAAAUUAUGGCACCAGAAGCGCACCCGAACGUGGAGUCGGAACCAACAAAAGGGCAGAAACGGGAAAAGGUCGUUAUCAAUAUGGACGAUGGGGCACUCAACUAUGUUAGCGAUGUUGAGUCCACAACCACGGAGAACAUGGCUACCGAAAAGAGCACAGGGCCUGUUACUCCUGCCUCUCCUGCCACAGGUUCAGCCACACCUGGAAUCACAGAGCACGACAUUGAACAAAUUUUAAUGGAAUUGGGUGAGGGUUCAUUAGUUUUGGUCUCCUCACUGGAUGCUCAGAGCGAAGACCGUGUUAUCAAUGAGAUUUAUAUGUAUGACAAAGAGACUGGCGAUCUAAGUGCCGAGCCCCUUGAUAUACCCGAUCAUAUUGUCCAAUGCAUAUUGACUGUAAUGAGCUAGAGUCACAUUAAAAGCGAAAAGCUGUAUGCAUUUUUUUUAGGUACGAAAUGUUGUUGAGCAUUUUUUUUAUAUAGAAAAUAAUGCAUU